ACAUUUUGAUUAAUUAAAUGCAGUGUUACAAGAGAGUUGAAAACAUAUAUAAAUAUCUUCACGACCACAACAAACAAUUCAUAGUGUAAAUAUUUUCCGAAAUACACAUAAGCAUGGAAAACAGCCUUGCUGAAGAGACAGAGACAGUGCAGAAAACUGGCACGCAGAUUAAAGUUUACAAAUACAGAUGGAUUGUAUUGGGUUUAUAUGUGCUAGUUUGUAUGAUAAGCUUCCUACAGACUUUAGAAUUCUCGAUUAUAGCUAAUAUAAUUAUCAAAUACUACAAAGUUGGUGAAUUUUUAGUCGAUUUGACAUGUGUGAUUUUCUUCAUUGCUUAUAUCAUUUUCUUCUACCCUAUCAGCUACCUUAUAGAAAAGAACACUUUAAAACACUCAAUGAUAUGUGCGAUGAUCCUGACACUGCUUGGCAAUUUGCUGAAGCUCUUGGCAGCGAAUCAAGACAGAUUUUGGAUCAUACUUUUGGCUCAGACCUUGAUAGCCAUCGGUCAAGUUUAUAUAUGCAGUGUCCCAACGAAAAUAGCUACGUCUUGGUUUGGUUCCGAAGAAGUAUCAACUGCUUGUGCUAUCGGAGUUUUAGGGAUACAGUUAGGUAGUGGUAUUAGCUGUAUCCAGUCACCUUACCUGGUCAAAGAUGGACCCAACACAGAAACCCAGCUCUUCCAUAUGUUUCUAUAUCAAGCCAUAGCAACUAUAGUCACAUUCGUUCUAGUCAUCCUAUUUUUCAGGUCCAAACCAGCACUGCCUCCUAGCCAAUCGCAGCUCAAUUUAAUGAUUAAAAAUGAAAUGGCAACAUUGACUUUCUUCGAAGACAUGAAGGAAGUGAUCAGGAACAAGAAUUUUUGGUUGGUAGUGUUUUCAUUGGGUUUUGCAAAUGGCCUGUGGAGUGUUUUUGGAGUACAACUUAAUAUGGUCUACAUACAUUAUUUUCCAAAUGGAGAACACGACUCAGGUAUCCUAGGUCUAUUGUCAAUCUUCUCCGGAGGCUGUUUAGCCAGCAUGCUGUUUGGAAUCGUUCUGGACAAGACGCAUAGGUUUAAGUUAAUCAGCGUUUUUAUACUAAUCUUUUCCGCCAUAUCAUACCUGUGCGUUGUGGUAUCGCUGAUGCUCGAAAGUAGAAUAGGAAGUUACAUCUCUAUCACAGCGUUUGGGUUUUUUGUAGCUCCAGUACUGAUAGUGGGCUUCGAAUACUUAGUAGAAAUCACCUACCCCAUUCCAGAGGCGUGCAGUUCUUCACUGUUUAACACGUCAUACUACGUUUUAGCUGUCAUAUUCACCUAUGUUAUGGAAGGCCUAUAUUCUUCCAUAGGAUAUUUUUGGACUUUUGUCGUAACAUGCAUUUUAUAUGUAGUGUGUGCAAUUUUCAUAAUGUUUGUCAAGACAGAUCUUAAGAGGAGAGAUGCCAAUUUACAGCAUUCUUUGGACAAGAAGGAACUGGAAGCUAGAGGUGUAAAUUUAUAGGACAAUAUGUAUAUUAAAAUAAAAAAAAUAUUUAUACCAAAU